AUGGCAGUUUCUGGAAUUGUGGGAGUCUUUAUAUUUCUACUGACACACUUUAUAACAUCUUUAGCAGACAAGCAAGAUCUCUCUGGCAAAAUGUUUACCUUUCCAGUGGAGUCUGAUACAGCUCAUGUGAUCUUGGUUCCCAACCAGAGCAAGAGUCUGACUGCAGUGACUGUGUGUCUGCGUUUCUUCUCAGACCUGACAAGAGAGAAGAGUCUCUUCUCUUUUGCCUCCCCCACUAAUGACAAUGCUUUCCUCCUUUUCAAUGGUAAUGGCUAUCAUGUAUUUCAAGAAACAUUUGCAAGGUUUGAGGGAUUCGAGGACAAACAAAAUGAGUGGAACUCUGUCUGUGCAACUUGGGAUUCCCAAACGGGCAUAGCCCAAAUCUGGGUCAAUGGGAAACAAAGCGUGAGAAAGGGCAUCAGCAAAGGAGGCAUCAUCUCUGGAACACCCAGUAUUAUCUUGGGUCAAGAGCAGGACAGUUACGGGGGGAAAUUUGACAAAGCUCAAUCUUUUGUGGGAAUGCUGACUGAUAUAUAUAUGUGGGAUUCAGUUCUUCCUUAUCCUGAGAUUGCUUUAUACAUGAGCUACAUUCAACAGAAAACUGUUGGCAAUGUGAUCAACUGGAGAUCACUGGACUUCACUGCAAAUGGGUAUGUGAUUGUGGAGAAUCAGGUGAACUAGAUUCAUUUAGAAUAUCUACUGAGGUUUAAAUCAACUGGGGAAAAAAUCACUAUAAUGCAUUAUACCUUACGAAUAUAAAGUGCUAUUCUUAAACUGAAAAUUCAGUAAAUACUGAAGGUUUAGUUUUUUUUAUUCAUCCUUAAUCAUCUAUAAAAAUGACAUGCACAACUGGCCUGGUCUCAUAAGAACUACUGUGCUAAUUGGCAACAUAAGCUUUAAUACUUCCCAAGGUAAACUGACUUUGGCCAUUGGACGUAACACACAAGGCCUCACCCAUGUUUCGAUAGUUUUUGGAUCUGAGCCCUGCCUUUGCCGAAGUUCAUUUCUAAGUGAUGUAGUUGCUUCUUGUAGGUCAUGAAGGAUGGAGUUGCCUCCUGUAGGUCAUGCUUGUAAAACCAGUUUCUUUCUUUCUGUCUGGAAUAUUUAUUUUGUGUAAAAAUAUUACCAGACUGUUUGUCUUCUCAGGAUUAUCUGACUAACAAUACUGUACUCUAUCAUUGUCCUUCAUUCUAUUGCUAUCUUCCUCUAUGUUUAUUUCUAAAGAACAAAAUAAAACUUUUCAAUCAACA